CAGUGCGAGCUGCGCCGCGCGUCAGUGAGGGACACCACCGCGGCCACCGGCAUCUCUCUGAAGCACUGCGAGCAUGGACCUAUUCGAGUUUGACUUCUUCAGGGACUGGGAGCUAGAGCAGCAGUGUCAUUACGAGCAGGACCGCUCGGCGCUGAAGAAGAAGGAAUGGGAGCGGAGGACCCAAGAAGUCCAGCAGGAUGAGGACUUAUUCUCCACCGGCUUUAAUCUGUUUGGCGAGCCGUACAAGACUAACAAAGGAGAUGCUUUGGCCAACCGGGUUCAAAACACGCUUGGGAAUUAUGAUGAGAUGAAGGAGCUCCUGACCAGCCAUUCCAACCAGAGUCACCUCGUGGGCAUUCCUAAAAACUCUGUUCCACAGACUCCUGUGGAGAAACCCGAGCAGCCAGGCUUCUUUCCCGAGACUCAGAGGAGUCGAGCUGCCCCGUCCCAAACAGCAAGCCAUGGCACUUCAAUGCCCCCACCCCCAACCAACAGCAUGUCGACAUCCAGCGUCGUCCAUGGGCAUCAAGGCGGCAAAAAGUCCCGAUCUUCAGACUGGUCCCGAGGGGGUCACAGUUCAAGCGGCGCUCAGGCUUCUCAAGCUGUCAGCCGGGGAAAACAUUCCGGUCAUGAGCAGACAUCAAGCAGACACGAUCAGGACCAAGAGGACUCGAGUCCAAACCCCAGUGGACCUACAACUUCGUCACACUCCAACAGAAAGCAGGCACAGUCCAGCAAAGGCCCAUCCAUGGCCGAGCUUGGCCUCGGAAAGUCUCCCGUUGAGCUGGAUUCGUGCUCCCAUGGAUGCGGCUCGCCGCUGGCCUCCACGUCCUUGCUUCCCAGCGGACUCUCGACGCCAACUUUCCCCCAAGGCCUCCAUUGCAAGCCGAGCAGCGUUGUGCAGCAAAAACCCACUGCCUACGUCAGGCCCAUGGACGGGCAAGACCAGGUCCCCAACGAUUCCCCAGAGCUUAAACCCCCUGUGGAGGUGGUGGAAGGGUACAACGGCGUGCCAUUUGGUGGUCUACUGGAUAGCAAAAGCAGCACAGCUGGGACCAAGAGCAAACUUCCUAAACUGACACUGCCACAAUCCGGGGAGGUCAGCCUGCCCAGCGACUCCAAUUGUGUGGAGGAAAUUCUGCGGGAGAUGACCCACUCCUGGCCUCCACCUCUCACUGCCAUACACACACCAGGCAAAGCUGAACAGACCAAGUUUCCCAUCCCUGCAAAGGAUCCGCAGCAUGUGACCUCAGGAUACAAUGGAAAACGCUGCAACGUUCCUAGUAACAAACCUGCAACCAAGUCUGUGCCGCAGAAGUCAAUGCUUGAGGAUGAUUUGAAAAUCAGCAGUGAUGAAGAGGACACAGAACAGGCCACUGAGAAGCCCAAGCCCAGGAGCGCUGCACUCAACAACCCUGAAGCCACUGCACGGACCAGCGAGCCGACCGGUCACUCCAGCGGCGCAUCGGGCAGCUCCAGCGAAUCAGAGAGCAGUUCAGAGUCUGACUCGGACAGUGAGAGCAGUUCCAGCGAGAGUGAAUCCAACCGGGCUUCCCGUGCCGCAACGCCGGAGCCUGAGCCUCCUUCAACCAACAAGUGGCAACUGGAUAAGUGGCUAAACAAAGUCAAUCCCCACAAUAAAGCACUAAUAAACACCCAGUCAGAUAGUCAUGGGCUUAACAGCUCUCAGCCCGACAAAAGCCAAGCCUCAGAGAACCAGAUCUCCAACAAGAGCAAGCCCAACGCAGCACUGGCACCAGCAGACCCCAAGGAGAGAGCUUUGCUCAGUCCGAUCCGAGAGAAGGCAAAACCCAAGACCGGUCAGAAGGCUCCGGAUAACAAAAGCACCAAGGUAAAAUCACCAGCCACAGUAGAGCUAGCCCCUCCCAGAAAAUGCACUGGCAAGAAGCAGCCAAAAAAGGUGGAACGAUCGUCUAGCAGCGAGGAGCAUAAUUGGCCCCGACCGGGAAAUUCAAGUUCCACCCCAAAGGAGAAAGAACCUCCACCUUUAGAUCCUCCCAAACCUAGAGGGAAGGGUCCUGGGGUCAAGACGGCUCCACGAAAGGAACCUCGGACCACAACAUCAAACACUGCACCUACCAACAUUACACCAGUUCCAGAUAAGAAGAAGCACAGAGGACCCAACAAGAUCAUUCCCAAGUCCAAGGAAUUCAUAGAAACUGAGUCUUCUUCAUCCGAGUGCCACUCGGACCCUGAGGAGCUGUCCAAGGUCCAGCUUCCCUGCCCCGGUCCCAACACCCUAAACCUGAAAUCCAAGGAUUGCAACAGUAAUAUCCUUAGUGUUAGUAGCCUUACUAGUACAAGCAGCACCUCCAUUCCUGACCCAGGGGCUUCGGAUCUCCUGGAAGAGCCCCUCUUUUCCCCCAUCCCCAUCAUACAGAAUGAACUUUUGUCACCGCUGAGAGAUUUUGAGGACGUCAAGUCUCUUUGGGUUAAGAUUGAACUCAGCUUCCUGUCUCGGAUCCCAGGGCAGGAACCACCGGAACCUCCCCCGACCAAGGCCGAGUGUCGGGAGGUCAGCGUGAAACACAGACGGCAACAGUCACCUGCCUCCAUCCCUGCAGAGAAAAACCCUGGUAAAUCAAAGAGGAAACACAAGUCUGAGCACUGUGAUGUGAUGAGUGGAGGCAAAAAGCUCAGGAUGGACAAAGAAGCUCUGCUGCUUCCUCCCUGUAUAUCUCCCAUACACAACCUCAAGGUCUCCAGCACAAAAGAUACGUUAAAGAAGCAGCCUCGCAAGCGGGAGGAGAAGCUGUUGCCCCCGCUGCUGUCGCCGUUGUCGGAUGAGCCGGUGGGCCGCCAGCGAAGGAGCAGUGAAUGCAGCUCCAUCAGUCAGGAGGGAAGCACCUCCACCCUCCCCAGCACCCUGCCCUCCACCUGCACUACAACUGCCUCCACGUGCUCAUCAUCCUCAUCACACAAACACAGAAAAGGAGAAAACAAAUCUUUCUCCCAUUCCAAGACCAGCAAUGAGGAAGACGGUCACAUCAAGCCGUCUAACAGUUUUCAUGGCAACGGUCAGUCAGAAACGGACCUCUGGUUGAACACUUCAGCUCUGUCCAUGGAACACAUGGAGCCAAGACGGCCUAAAAUCACAUUUAAUAACAAAGUUCACAAUGCAGAUUACUACAUGCAAGAAGCCAAGAAGCUAAAGCACAAGGCAGAUGCUUUGAUGGACAAGUUCGGCAAAGCUGUGAAUUACGCCGACGGCGCACUCUCGUUCAUCGAAUGCGGUAACGCCAUGGAACGAGACCCAUUAGAGGCCAAGUCACCCUACACUAUGUACUCAGAAACAGUCGAGCUCAUCAGGUAUGCGAUGAGAUUAAAGAACUUCACCAGUCAUUCCGCCACAGUAGCUGAGAAGAAGCUUGCUGUAAUGUGCAAUCGUUGUUUGUCACUUCUGUAUUUGCGAAUGUUCAAACUGAAGAAGGAUCACGCAAUGAAGUAUUCGCGCUCGCUGAUGGAGUAUUUCAAGAAUUCUGCAAAAAGUUCCCAAGCACCGUCGCCGUGGGGAGCCAACGGAAAGAGCACAGGUACACCGUCUCCCAUGUCCCUGAGCCCAUCUCCCGUCAGGUCCGUCAGUAGUGGUGCCAUGGGUUCGUCCUCCUCCUCUGGAAGUGUGGCUAUUCCCCAACGCAUCCACCACAUGGCAGCCAGUCACGUCAACAUCACCAACAACAUCCUGCGCAGCUAUGAACACUGGGAAACCGCUGACAAGCUGGCCCAGGAAAGUCAAGAGUUCUUUCAGGAGCUGGACUCAGUAAUGGAACCAUUGACGCAGCACAGCAGCAUGACAGAACUGGUGCGCUACGUACGCCAAGGAUUGCACUGGCUCCGGCUGGAGGCCCAUUUGUUAUAGUGCUGGCGCUUCCACUGUGCCCUUUCUCUCUCGCUGUCAUUCUCUCUCUCACUCUCUUUCCCACCGGUCAUCACUACCUCCACCGUCUUCGCCAUCAACAACCCUCCGGUUCCGAGGGUAGUCCACAGUUAACCACUAGCGAGUCUCAGAACUGUGAGUUACUCCCGGGAGGAUGUCCCAUCCUUGCGAGGAGUGCAUCGGGAACGUCGCAGAACACCACAGACAGGAGAACAAGGGGGGACGUACCUGGAAUUGCCGAGUUGUAGCGCUACAAAAGUCCGAACGCAUCGACUACAUGGAGAGGUUCCAAAAGUAGCAGUGAGCAAGUCAACCAAGUGACAGAAAACCCAACUUGUAGCCUCCGUUUUGUGGGUUAGCUUUGUUUGGCUAGUUAAGCCAGAAAUAUACUAAUGCAAGUACGCAAACGCAGAGUGUCACCUAACUUUAACCAAUAAAAUUUGACCCAACACAGAAAAAAAUACUCAUAGAAGAAGAACGUUUAUCGUUAUGUCUGAUGUCAGAGACAUCAGACAGAGAGCGUUUGCGUACCUGUUUGCUGUAUGUUUCGGGCCGAAGUUCAAACGCACAGCAGUUAGGCUAUAUUUCCUUAAAAAUGAUCUGUUAACAUAUCUCAUUCCAGAUUUAUUCAACACCAUCUCAUGUGUCUUUUUGAAAUCCAUCAGGCUUUUGUAAUGACUGUAAGAAGCGGCUACACUAGUCAAAUCGGUUCUCUCGGAUGUUGCCGUCGUUCUGUUGUACCGCACUAUGACAGCUGCCAUGCGUACGAUAGGCUUGUUGCUUUCUGCCGUUCGGAGACUGAUGAGCGAUUUUCCUGUGCAAUUCUUUUCUACAUAUGCACAUAUGACAGAUUGAUACUUCCGUAAGCGGCAUCGGAGACCCUUUUUUCCAAUAUGUACCAUAAUGACUGUGUUGUAUAUGACAGCUACUUUAACUGUUCGGUGUUUGUUCAAUCUUGCAUGUUAAUGCGGAGAGCUCGAGGUAGAACUGAGAGACAUGGGCGCGUUUCACGAGCACUGCGACGAAUCGAUGUGUUUUGUGCACGUUUUUUUUGCUUUUCAUCGACUUGAUCACGUUUAACAUUAGGUUGUUAUCUAUGGAGAGUUUAUUAGCGCUUGUAUUUUAACAUUGCGUUUUUCUAUUUCCAGAGACGCUCCCGAACGAAACGAGCGUUUUUGGACUUUGAACUUUUUUAAGAUCAAAUGUUCAUUUCUCAUGCAUAAACUCUUUCGCGGUGCAUUUAAUGUUAAAUCUGAGAAAUGUUUCUCUGCGCAGGUCUUAUCGUGAGUGUAGGUGUUCGAGAAUGCGUGUGCGUGGAGCAGAUUUUGGGUUCAUUGUAUUGCAUAUAGCUUCACGCGUCUGUCGAUCUAUCACGUGAAUGUCAGACUGCGAGAGUGACAGAGAGGAUGUAUGUGUGUGAAAUGGACGUUUCACUAAGAUUACUCAAAAGUGCCUGCGUAUCCAAUGGAAAUUUAUUAGAGUCUAUAUUUAAGAAUGAAUCUGAAUGAUUUUCCAUACCAUAUUGGUAUAGCCAAUGUUUCUGUUUUCAUAACAUGAUUAUUUAUUUAUUUUCUUUGUAAAAUGGUGUUAUCUGUUUUGGCUUUAAUGUUCAACUUUGUAAAAAGUGCAUUUCAGAAUUUCAUUUUCUGCUCUGAUGAUGAUAGAAAACGACCUGAAACACGUCUUACAGCAGUACUCUUUGCCGCUGAACAUGCUUUCCUCAUUAGCUCCUAACAAAAAUUUCACAUACCGUAGCGAGAAGUGCUUGCCGUUCAAUAAAUCGCUCGUUGUGCAAUAGCACGGCAAGGAUGAUUAGCAAUACUUAAUGAUAAAUACUCCAAUCAUCCAGCAAGUAUCAUAUCCUCCAAAGGAACCGCGAAACAAAUAAAUCAAAGCAAGUUUUUGUUGGAAGCCAUUAUUCCCUUUAUGGACUUCCUUUGAUGCAAGACAAAAAGUAGCUUUAUGCAAGAAAAUCACAUUUUCUUUCCCAUUAUAAUGUUACCAGCUGUUGUCUUACUUGUGUGGAGUCAGUUUCUAGAAUUUGUUUGCCUUCUGCAGCAUCUGCUGUCGUGCAUGUUUGAGUCGUGCCAGUCUGGCGGUGAAAUCUGUGCCCCUCUGGCAGCACUGACUCACGCUCAGUCAAGUAAACAACCUGUUCUGCCUAUUAGAUGCACCUCUAAUGCCCUCGGUUUGUCUUGCUAUGAAAAACAAAACAUAAAUAUACUUUCUAAAACAUUUCUCUGACUUCAUACUGUAUGCUGCUCCUAACUUGGGUAUAAAGUUCAUAUGCUGAAACAAUGCAAUGUAAUGAGGCACGGUGCCAUAGGUGACACCAGCAGACGAUAUGUGUUUAGAGUAGUAUACGGUACUGUAGAUUUAUAAACGAUUUUCAUUUGAAGGUGGAAACAUUACUGAUACAUUCACUACAAUGGUCACAUAUAUUUAUGUCUAUUUAUGAACUGCAUCAAAUAUUCUGGAAAAGGAUGUUGGGUGUGCAUUUAAUACAGACCAAACCAGACCAUAAUACAUAUUUACACCGUUAUUAUUCAGGGUUUAGUUUAGAAAGGCAACCGCAGGUCAUUACUAAAAAUAAUAAUAUUUACAGAUUAUACAAAUGUUAUGCAGAUGUAUGAUCAGAUGUAUGCAAUUGAUUUUCCAGUUCAUACACUCUUCAAAAUAAGGACGCUACAAGAACAAAGAACCAGUCAAAGGAUCUUAAAAACAUUUUUGUUUAUACAAUUAUAACAUUGUCUAUAGAACCGUUUCUCAAUACAAACAAUAUUUUGUGAAACGGAAAGGUUAUGCGGGUGUUAAACAAAGCAAUAAGCCCCAAGAGGCCGUGGUUUACAGGGAUUUUAUAAUGGCCAUUGUUUAGGAUUGACGUGAAGCGUAAUAAAAUGACAGCAAAUCAAAUCCAAAAGUCUUGCUCCGCCAAACAAUGUAGUUCCUCAGAAAUGACAAAGCGGUUGCCAAGCAACACAGAUACAGCAACAUAUUGGCUCAGUGAUACUAAUGUAAUGCGGUCAGCUGUAUGUUUCUGGGAAUUUUACAACGGCUUAGAACACAACACAACCAAUCAGAAUCAAGGACCAGAACUAACCAUUUUAUAAUGUUCUGUGUGGAACCGUUUUAUGGUUCUUGGCAUCGAUAAGCACCUUUAUUUUCUAAGAGUGUUGCAUUCAUUGGGCUAAAAGAGGAACUUUAUUUUACAGAAAAGAAACAUUACUGCACAUUCACACUUCCGUGGCCCAAACUUGACUUCCUGUACACAUCUGCAAACAAGCCAAAGAAAAGUAAAUUACAUUAGCUAGCGAGUUAAAGGCAUGUCUAGCCAGUAUUAUUUUGGGUCGCCAGUUACUUGGUUACACGGCCCAUUCAACAAAUUGUUUAUUUAUUCAAAUUAAUAUACAAUAAAAUUCAACAAAUUGCUUAUUUAAUACAAUUAUUAUACAAUAAAAUAGUAAUAUAAAUGAAAUAUAAAUAGUUUUAUUAUUAGCCACUAGCCAGACCGAUCAACAAACACUCACCGGACGUUAACUUGGGGGCAGGCGCAUGUGCCCGAUGAAACCGUCUACAAUACAUAAAAAUAUGAUACAAUUGUUUAACUUGUUUUGAUGAGUUGAAGUGUUAAAAAUGUUGAAAUUACGUUUAUUUACCGUGUAUGGGUUGGGGCUGUUACGUCAUAAUUACACGGUUACAAAAUAAUUACAAAGAGUGUAUUAGCAAAAUAGGACUCAUAAAGUUUUCAGAAUUUUUGAAACUUGAGUAAAAGGUAUAACAAAUAUAGUUGUUGUUUCUCAUAUUGGCCUUUUGAGCGUGUCAUGUGUAGUUGCAUUGUAACGUACCCAUUUAAGCCAACCGUUUGAAACAUAUGAUCAUUUAACCAGGGCUAUAACCAUAGCCAUUCCCAAAGACAUUUGCUUCAAUUCCAUUCAGACCUCUUUCCUCAAAGCUCGAAGGUGUUUAUUUUGAAAUAAUGGCAAUGCGGUUAGCAAUUAACCCGACUCGCUUUCCGACGUAGCAUAAGGUCCCUUUGAUUCGUUGUGUUUCUCAAUAGGCUUUAGUACGGUGGAAAAAGCCUAUCAGGAAGAACAAUCUCCAAUUAAAGCGGGCUCAGCUGGAGGCUUUUUUAUUUGCUCUGCGAAUUAUACAUGUAAAUAGCUGUUUGUUACCACGAAACACCACAUCAUGUUAGUCAAUUAAAGAUCGUCCAAUUCCCACGCUGAUGAAGAGUCGGCCUGUACCGUGCUGUACAUUGGAAAAGGCUCCUCGGAACACAAAACGUCAAAUAAAUAGGCUUGAUUCGUAUUGAACAUGAGCACUUCUCUGUUUAUAUGAUUAAAACAUCACCAAAAGCAGAAUAAACUGUAAGUUGAGUAAACUAAGGCCGUAAUAUUGCCGUAUUAAUUCAAUUGCACGUUACCAAGUCAGUUUCUAACGUCAUCAGAGAUUUCUAUAUUAAAUACCUUAUUUCAAUGCCUUGUUACCAAUGUAGACUGUAAAGAAUCAAAGAGCAUUUAUUCACAGUCUCGUCCAGUUUGUGUUUCUCUGUGCAGUAUCGAGUUGUGCUCUAUGAUUUGUCUUUUUGAGAUCGUAAUCAUAUCAAGGCAUUGCAUUUGACCCCGAACCAUCCACAGCUUUGAAUCAAUGAAAAUAUGCAACAUCUCAUCACUUCCAAGCGUAUCAGCUUUUUUUCUUUUAAACGUCUGGUUUUUGAAUCCGAGUGGACAGCAUAGUAACACAACGAUGGAUUUACUCAACAAGGCAAUACUUCUUAUUUAAAGUGGAUUGUUGGAAGCCAUCGAAGUAACCAAAUGAAGGCAAUGAGGUGCGUUUUGAAAAGAUGCAUACACUUCGGCUUGUAGGGGUGACUAUACUGGCCAAAUCUAAAACUGAAAUUGGAGCGACGUCCCAAAGAGCAGUUAAUCUCAAUUGAGCCUUAUGGGAAAUGAUGUCAUUUCCUUUUCCUGUGGUUUCAGCAGCCAUCAUACUGUUAUUUAAGAAAAGUUCCAAGGUUUCGAUAAAAUAUGCAAACCGUUUUAUGUGGAUAAAAAUAAUGGCAAAGACAAAAGUUUCAUACGAGUUUUGAUGCUGCAUGACUCUUUCUACAAGCAACAGUGUUAUAAUCAAAGUUGCAUUGAAUUAAUAAUCGAUUUCAGAGACGUCAGUAUUGUUAUAUGUUGUAGACAUAUUUAAACAGAAAGCAGUUCUGUGAAACUUGCGCUUUAUAGAAAUGCCUCAAUGCUACCUAUUGCCUAAAAGGAUGUUGGCUUGAGAAUGAGACGGAUUUCUACUUCGAGUAAAAAGCCUUUAUCUUAUGAAGGUACUGGCUGUGAAGGACGGACAAAGUUGUACACAUUAAUUGCAAUGACAGAAGAUUUCAAUGUUCUGGCAUGCUGUAGAUCUGUAGGUUUUUCGGUUCGGUUCCGUUGUUAUUUUUGUACAGAGCAGGUAACCUGCAAUGCUUUGAAUUUAUACAUUGUAUAGUUGUAUGGAUUCAUUUUCAAAUGCGUUAUGUUUCGAAAAAACCUUCCUGCCUGGUUAGCUUUGUAUUUCAAAUGUGUUGCACAAGUCCAGCGAAUUUUUUUAUUCUUCUUUUUUGGCUAUUGUAUGUUUAUUUUAUAAUAAAACUGUCAAACGUAUUGAACAAAAUUGAGAUGUAGUUAUGUUGUUUUUAAAUGUUUAAUGUCUGUAUAAAAAUGAUGAAUAAAAAUGGUAUGAGCCAAAUUAA